ACACCUUCCUCCUGGACUCAUUAUGUUCUCCUGCAACACCAGCAGGCCUGGCCACUCUAUCUUCCUUCUCACUGGCUUUCCAGGCCUGGAAGCCUCCCAGCAUUGGGUUUCCAUCCCCAUCAACCUCAUCUGUGUGGUUUCCAUCCUGGGUAACAGCGUCAUCCUCUACCUGAUCCGCACAGAUCCCACCUUACACGAACCCAUGUACAUCUUCUUGUCCAUGUUGGCAGCCUCUGAUCUGGGUCUCUGUGCCUCCACCUUCCCCACCAUGGUGCGGCUCUUCUGGCUGGGUGCUCGAGAGUUGCCCUUUGAUCUUUGUGCUGCACAGAUGUUUUUCAUCCAUGCUUUUACCUAUGUGGAAUCUGGCGUGCUGCUGGCCAUGGCCUUUGACCGCUUUAUUGCCAUCCGGGAUCCUCUGCACUAUGCUACAAUCCUUCCUCACUCAGCGGUGGCCAAGGUGGGGGCUGCGGUUCUGGUAAGGGCCAUCCUGCUCAACCUGCCCGGACCCAUCCUCCUGCGGAGCCUGUUCUUCCCUGAGAUCAGUGCGCUCUCCCACUGCUACUGCCUGCAUUGUGACCUGGUGGGACUGGCUUGCUCAGACACUCGGAUCAACAGCUUGUUUGGCCUGGUCUCCAUCCUCCUCUCACUGGGCCUCGAUUCCUCCCUCAUAAUGCUCUCCUAUGCUUUGAUCCUACGGACUGUGAUGGGCAUUGCAUCGCCAGGGGAACGGCUCAAGUCACUUAACACUUGUGUUUCACACCUCUGCAUUGUUCUCAUCUUUUAUUUGCCCAAGCUUGGGCUGUCUGUGUUGCACCGAGUGGAGAAGCACAGCUAUCCAGCUCUGGCAGUGCUCAUGGCCAACCUGCACUUCUUGGUGCCACCCUUCAUGAACCCUAUCGUAUACUGCAUCAAGUCGAAGCAGAUCCGUCAGGGCCUCCUAAAGCGCUUCCAACAGAAGAGGGUUGACUCUUCCUAGAACAGAA